AUGGUGAUUGAAUCUGAUCGGCCGCGCACACGCGCUAAGAAAGCAUGCAUGGCUUGUAAUUCUCGACGAGUGCGAUGUGACGUGGUUACAUCUCAACCCUGCCGGAACUGCGUGGCAUGGAACCUCUCAUGCGAAGUUGGAAUCUCGAGACGGGGGAAAUAUCCGCGGAAGAAGAAAGGCGUAUCUCCUGGCUAUGAGCCGGGAAUUCAGACUGUGCCUGCUAUACCCGAACGGCAAUUGCACUAUUUACCCUCUGCUCGUCCUGCAAUCGCAGAUGAAGCCAUUCAGGAAACUGUCUUUCUCGGCGAGUCAAGUCCCCUAACAUGCGUGGUAGACGAGAAUCGACGGUCGCCUGAAAAAGGGCGCUUACACUAUGCAAUUCCAGAAGUUCGCGCGAGCGAGCUGAGCGAUGACCAGCACAGAAAACUUCUUCAGGACCGUCUGAUCCGUGAAAGCGCGUUGGUUUUCCCAUCGGCGGACAUCUGCGAAACUCUUUUGCGGGCGUUCUUUGAUUGGUUUCACCCAUGUUUCCCUAUUCUCGACCGACAGGCGGUGUAUCAAGCAUACACUGAACAUACUAUCUCUCCCCUACUCCUACAAGCUAUGCUUUUUGUCGGUGUCAGCUUAUGUUCAGAUACAGCAUUGCGCACCACUGGAUUCACCAAUCGGUAUCAGGCCAAGGGCCAAUUCUACCAUCGAGCAAAGGAAAUAUAUGACGUCGGGUGGGAGACUGACAUGAUCAUCAGACUGCAAUCAUUGUUCCUCAUGAGCUUCUGGCGGGCAGGACCUACAGAGGAGCGAGAUGUUCGAUUUUGGUUGGGCGCUAGCAUUGGACUCGCCCAGAAGAAAGGGAUGCAUGUGAUGUGUGUAUUCCUCGAUCAGGUCACAACAGUUCGCGACCAGCAAACAUCAGCCGCGCUGGGGCUUCCCUCUCGGAUCCGCGAUGAGGAUUGUGAAGUGGCAGAGCUCGAGGAGGCAGAUUUUGUCGACAAUGAUAUCCCUUCUGAGAUUUUCCGCAAGCCACCCACGGCGCAUGUGCCAUAUGUGAUUGGGAUGGCUCAACUAGCCAAACUAUUACGCGAGGUAGUCUCUAGUCAAUAUUCACCCUGUCGUGCCAAGCUGGACAAACUAUCCCGACCCAAGUUGCACCAGCGGUUGCUAGACUGGGAGUCCAAUUUACCCAAGGAGAUGCAUUUCCACACAUCAACUAGUCGCGAAGUGACAUUCCUCGUUGGCAUGCUCCACAUGGCUUACAAUAAUCUCUAUGUGUUACUAUAUCGACCCAUCUUCUUACAGCCCCCCAGUGAGUCAACUAUGGAAUGGAGUAUGGCACUAGAGGCCGCGACCAGGAGUACACGUAUCCUAGAAGACAUGCUCUCUGAAAACCUGGUGCAGCAUGGAUCGGUCCACCUAAUCACACACACAUUCUCUGCACUAUGCAUCCACACCAUUCACUUCGGACGCGUCACUGGAACGGCACGGACUCUUGCAGAACAUAGAGCCAAGCUUUGUCUGUUGGGAUUGAAGGAACUUCAGAAAUCAUGGGAUCUGGAGAAUUGGGUGCUGGAUCUGUUUUUCCGCUGCCUUGACGAUCGCACGGCAAGAGAUCUGCGCCUCGGUGACAGUGACAAGGGACUAGCCCCUGCAUCCCCGGCUGAUCCUCCAGUUUCGCCCCAUGCGAAUGAACUACUGCUUCCUCCCGCCCAUGAUCCUCUGCAUAUGGAUGAUCCACCGGUUAAUAUGGACUGGUAUGAAUUGUUCAAUGUGGAAGGGGAUGACGUGUUGGGAUUGGCGGGCUCAUUGACGAAUCCGGACUAUCUUAACCCACAGAAUCUCGAACAUUUGUAUCGAUUCUUGUAG